AUGGCCAUCGACCUCGGCUACGGCAAGCACGUCUGGCAAAUCCCCUUUCGAAACCUCAACGACAUGUUCCUCAUCGGGCAGAUCACCGUCACGCUCGCCAUCUGCAGCCAAGCCUGGUCCAAGACCUCGUUUGCCAUCUCGCUUCUCAUGAUCCACGAUGGCAUACACGGCAAGACCAGGGUGUUUAUCUGGUUUGCCAUUGUGAGCAUGAACAUGCUGUUUGGCGUGUCGGCCAUGCUGUUUUGGGUUGGGUGCACGCCGCUGGAGAAGGCGUGGCAUCCGUUCAUGAGAGGGACUUGUUGGAGCCCGAAUGUGGUUAUCACUUAUGGAAUCUUUGCUAGUGCUUACUCUGGUGUGAUGGAUCUGGUUCUGGCUAUUAUUCCCUGGAAGAUUAUCAUGAACUUGCAGAUGCAGACAAGAGAGAAGAUUGGCGUGGCGUUGGCGAUGAGUAUGGGUGUUUUACGACGGGGUCACACUCGUGAUAUGGGGUAAUGCCGAGGCAGCAGUCACCAUCAUGGCCGCAUCAGUGCCAAUGCUUCGUGCAUUGGUACGAACUGUCAGGCCUUCGCGACGAAGGAACUAUUACUCAAGCUACAGCCGUUCGAGACGGACUGAGCGGUCGUCCAGGAGGGUUUACUACAACAAACCAAGGCGAGACUUGGUGACCAUGACUGGGUCGACGUGGACAGGUGGAUCGAGCAGCAGGACGUAUACCUAGUGAGUUAAUGCGGUAGGUAUUGGUCUCAACGGUUUAGAUAUAUAGGCGUCAACGGCGUACACAUAGAGUUCAGGUCGGGUUCGUUUUGUCAGUUCGAGGUUUAUAAGAACGUCGACUUGUUUUUCGUUACGAAAGAA